AUAUUAAUAUCUUAAAUCGUGGACUGUGAUUGAAAUUGUAGUCAGGAAUAUGAGGUGGUUGAAAUAUUGAAUCAUUGUCAAAAAAAUAAUAUAUGGCUAAUACUUAAUAAUAAAUGUAAAUUAAAUAAACAAUAGUUAACUUACUUAAAAUUUGAGCGUGUUGCAUCAUCGCUAGAAUUAGUAAUUACAACUAUUGCAGUUACAAAGAAGACAACCAAAUUACUCACCGAUACAGUUUACUUGUUGUAAGACGUACAAUAGUUUAUAUCAAGAUGAUGCGCUAUGAUGAAGGUGAACUCACAGACCAUAGGCCGUGUGCAGGCAUUAGAGCGGAUCUCAAGAUGUGUUUGUUGGAAUCAGACUGUUGUAAAAUAGAAAGAAAAUUGCCCAAAGACUGCUUGAAAGAGAAAAAAUGUCCACCAGAAUGUUUGGCAUUACAAAAUACAUUUUUUGAAUGCAAGAGAUCACUUUUGGACAACAGACAGCGAUUCAGAGGAAGAAAAGGCUACUAACAGUGUACAUGAUAAUAUAUAAAUUUCAAGAUGUGAAGACUCUCUGAUAUUUAUAUAUAUAUAUAUAUAUAUAUAUAUAUUGUAGUUAUUUUCAUUUCAGUUGUUAAAAAUAAAGUUAUUCAAAAUUAGUUUUUACACUUUAAUUUGUAUAGAUUUUAAUAACAAAACAUUUAAAAUAUUUUAAAUAUACAAGUUAUUAAAAAAUUAUAUUUUGUAUAAAUAAAUAAAUACAUAUAAAACAAUACA